AUGGACCUCGACCUCGCGGAGAUCAUCGACGACGGGGAGAGCGGCGCCCCCGACUACGACGUCGACGACGACUACGAGCGCCAGUACCUGCGCGUCCAGCACGACUUCGACAAGCUCACGACGAACUACCGGCGCCUCCAGACGGUCAACGAGGCCCUGAAGCGCCAGAUCGAGCAGCAGCACACGCAGCUCGCCGAGUACCUCAAGGCGAAGAACGACGCCGAGCGCAUGAAGGAGGUGCUCGAGGAGAGCGACAAGGAGCGGCGCCAGCGCGCCGUCGCCGAGGAGAAGACGGCGGAGCUCCACAAGGCCCUCAACCGCGAGCGCGCGCAGCGGCUCCACGACCUGCACCAGAAUUUCCGCAUCGCGGGCACGUCGGCCGAAGCGCUGCGGCGCGAGAAGGAGAUGGAGGACCGCUACUUCGCCGCGGAGAAGGAGAUCGCGGCGCAGGCCCACGAGAAGGACGUGCUCGUCGCCGCCUGCGAGGCCCACGCGAAGAUCAACGUGGCCACGGUCCGCGAGGAGCGCGCGAUCGAAAGAGAGCUCGAGUUCGGCCGCGCGGAGGCGCUGCUCCUCAAGUCGGCGCUCCAGGAGGCGCGCGACGACCAGCGCGCGACGAAAUCGGCGAACCGGCGGCUCCAGGGCGACGUGUUGGCGCUCCGGACGGACCUCGCGCGCGCGGCGCGGCCGCGCGGCGGCGGCUCGCUCCGGGAGCCGAGCGCGUCGUCGACGAACCACAAGCUCUCGACCGUGCGCUUCAGCCUGCCCCUCCUCCAGGGCAGCGCCAUCUCCGGCGAGAGCGGCACGCUCAAGGACGGGUCCUUCGUCGUCGAGCACCCGCUCCGGUCGCCGCCGCCGCCGCCGCAGCCCAAGAAGAAGGGCAAGGGCAGCCGCAUCAAGCCCCGGGAGGUCGGCGUCGACGUCGACGAGGAGGACCGCGUCGAGUUCUCGCGCACGGGCACGAUCAUCUCCAAGGAGGGCUCCUACCUGUCCGCGGCCGACGAGCUCGGCGGCGGCGCCGCGGCCUUCGACGACGGCGACAACCCCCGAUGA